ACGAGCGAGAUGGUAGUCGCUCGUAACAUUAAAAAUGGCAACUGCCAAGUGAAAAAUGUUUAAAGAAUCUUUUAAAUAUUAUAAAUCAAGAAAUCCACCUCCUAAUUUAAAAAAUGUGAUUGAUUUUAGAAAUCCGUAUUUUUCUGAGGUUAGAAAAAUCUUCUUGGAUGUAAAUAGAAUUCCAAAUGUAAAUGAUGUAAAUAAAUUAGGAUUAAAACCACUUAGCGAAUGGAAUAUUUACGAAUUAAUAAAUGUACCAGGAUUAAUUUGUAUCGAAAAUCCUUUUACUGCUUUGGGACAACGUUAUUGGAUUAUCAAGUGCCUUAGGGAUUUCUCCAAAAAACCGAAUAAAUUAAAUUUAGAUGCUCACUCUUUACUCGGCGAUAACGAUUCUUGGUGGGAAAGGUGUUUCGGAAAUGAAUCAGAGAAGAAUAACGAUCUUCUGACAAAAUUACGUUGGUCAACGCAAGGCUAUCAUCACAAUUGGGAUACAAAACAUUAUUCAGAAGAUUCAAAGACAGAAAUGUCCCAGGAUCUUUGCCACUUAACGGAAUUUCUAGCGAUUGUCUUAAAUUUCAAUGAUUUUCAAGCGGAAGCGGCUAUUAUAAAUUACUACAGAAUGAAUUCAACUCUAGCUGGUCACACCGAUCAUUCGGAAUUUAAUACCGAAGCUCCUCUAUUUUCCAUCAGUUUUGGACAAACGGCGAUAUUUUUAAUUGGCGGCCUCUCUUUGGACGAUAAAACGCAAGCAAUGUUUUUGCAUAGUGGUGACAUUGUCAUAAUGUCAAAACAAUCACGAUUAUCUUAUCACGGUGUUCCGAAAAUUUUAUCAACUGACAUUCAACCCUGGAAAAGUGACAAUGAAUUCGAUGAUGACAAUUUUCGGAUAAAUCACGAAGACUGGCGAAAGGCAAAUUCGUACAUUCAAGAAGCUCGAAUUAAUUUAAACGUUAGACAAGUUUUGAAAAAAGGUCAGUCGAGAUUGUUAUAAAAAAUAUUUUUUUAUUAAUAUUUUACAUUCUAAAAGAUAUUAAAUAUAUUUUUAUUGGAGAGAAA